GUCGAAUCCUUGUAGACGCUAUGACUUCAAAAUAUGAAUUUCGGACUGUUAUGGUUGAGGGGAAUAUAGGGUGUGGAAAGUCAACAUUUUUGCGUUACUUUCAGCAGCUUUCUCCUAAAAAUGAAGUCAUGCAUGAACCGCUAUAUUUAUGGAAAGACGCUAGAGGCUAUGAUCUAUUCGUAACUUAUGUUUUUUUUUAACUUUUCUUAUUCAUACAGGAACUUAUGUAUCAUGAUCAACGCCGAUGGUCUGUUCCUUUUCAGGCUCAGGUCCUUGUGACAUUACUAGACCGUCAGUCAAAACCACCAACUAAACCAAUACGCCUAUUGGAAAGGUCAAUCCAUAGCAGUCGGUACUGUUUUACAGAAAAUAUGCACAAUAAUGGGAGUAUUUCAGAUGCUGACUAUGAAGAGCUCCUCAAAAUUUUCCAAUGGAUAUUGAAGAAUAAAAGUGGACCAGUAGAUCUAAUCGUAUAUUUACGUGCAAGUCCAACUGUUUGCUUCGAGCGUUUACGUGCUAGAAAUCGUUCUGGUGAAGAAGAUAUUCCUCUUAAAUACCUUGAAGAUUUGCAUGAAUUACAUGAAGCUUGGUUAAUUGAACGCCGUUUCGGUCAGCUACCUGCUCCUUUAUUAGUAUUCGACUGUAAUGCACCAUUGCCUGAACUUUUAUCAACCUAUCGAUCGCAUAGAGAACAAGUUAUGUGCGGCGUUGAGGCAUGAUUAUAGGAGUUUUAUAUUGUUAAAAACGAGCUAUUAGAUUUCUGUUAUUUGUAUUUCGCUCUUUUAUUCAAGGCUCGGAAUUGUGUACAGAAUUGCAAGUACUUUUUACAUUUCAUUUUUACAUGUUUGUGUGUUUUCAAGUUUUUAACAAAACAUACUAUGUAUUGUAUAUGUUCUCAAAAUAUCUGUAAUAUAUGCUUUCUCCAUGCAA